UGGAAAACUCGGACCCCCAAAAAGUUACCUCGAAAGUAAUUUUUUUAUUUAUUUAUCCCGAGUCCAUAUCUCCAUUUCAAAAAAGAGAGAUUUUUGAAGAAGAAGGAAGCACUUUACAAUCUCCAGAGAAAAAUACAACGAAGGCAGAUGUUCUAAGAUGAUAACAAGGCGAGCAGCCAAAUUAUUAGAGAGCUCUGGAGCUCCCAUCUCAGAUGCUCUUAUCUCCAUUACUCAAAACAAAGAACGGAAGACGCUUGUAAAUGGCACCAAUGCUGAUACCGACUUCAAGCUUCAGAAGAAGCUAAACACCGAGACGUUUGAGCUUUACUUGGAGGAUUUGUGGAGCAGGAUCUCUGUGGAGAAGAGGAUUUCCUUUGCAUAUUUUGAUAGUUUAUGGUUUUCUUUUUACAAGGAUGGGUCAGAAAAAUCUAAAGUGCUUCAGUGGAUUAAGAAGGAGCAGAUCUUUUCCAGAAAAUAUAUUUUUGUUCCCAUAAUUUGUUGGAGACAUUGGAACCUCCUUAUCUUAUGCCACUUUGGGGAGAAGAGAAAGUCGAAAAUCAAGCAACCGUGCAUGUUGCUUUUAGACUCACUUCAGAAUUUGAAUCCAAAAAGAUUGGAGCCUCACAUAAGAAGAUUUGUGCUUGAUAUAUAUAGAUCGGAGGGAAGGAAAGAGCCAGAUGAGUUCAUAUCUAAAAUCCCUCUUCUAAUUCCCAAGGUCCCUCAGCAGAGAAGCGGUGAGGAAUGUGGGAUCUUUGUUCUUUAUUUUUUGUACCUAUUUCUCCAAAGUGCACCCGAUAUAUUCUCAACAGAGGGCUACCCUUACUUUCUCACUGAAAAUUGGUUCAAAUUGGAAGACUUGGAGAAGUUUGGGAUAGAAAUCCAUAAAUCAUGCCAGAGCAAGAAGACCAUGGAUAUCGAUUGAAGGGAAUAUCACAAACCAGAGUGGGAGCUCUUUCUUCAAUCUGUUUGUGUUCGGUUUAGUAUACAUUCAUAGUGAUGAACAUUGUGCAUUGAUAAUAUUCUGAUGUAAAUCAUUUGCUGAGGCAAAACUAGCUGAUGCCCAGUUUGUAGGAACAAUUGUUCCCUCAGUUUCUUAAAAAAAAAUUGUACUUGACUUGGUAUUUUAUUUUAUUUUUCUUUCUUCUGGCUUCA